UUUGAGCUGUCCUGGAAAUUUCUUCAGUUUAUAAUCAAGGUAGCAGAAAGGCAACAGCACAACCAUUCUGCAUUUCUCAGUUCAUAUCUCUCUCAUUUAUCUUGUUAUCCUUGUCUACGAUUUUCUAGCAUCAAGAAUGGCUGAUGCACUCAUUUCAGUGCUAGUAGAAAAGUUGGGUUCAAUGGCUCUGGAGCGUAUCGAAGAAGAGGUGAGACUGGUUUUGGAUGUCAAGAAAGAAAUUGAAGAGUUCACUGGAAACCUUGAAGCUAUUCAAGCUGUGCUUGAAGAUGCAGAGCAGAGGCAAGUGAAGGAUGCCAGCGUCAGAAACUGGCUGGAUAAGCUGAAAGAAGUGUCCUACAAGAUGGUCGAUGUGGUGGAUGAGUGGAACUCUGAAAGUCUGAAACAACAAGUUGAGAAGCAAGAAAGAGAAGGACCAGAAGGUGGAAAAGCUCUUGCUAUCCAGAAGCAGAAGAAGAAGAAGGUAUGGUUCUCUAUUCCCUCUCAUUGCUUUUGUCUUGGCCAAGUCAGUCGGGUAAUUAUUCGUCGUGACAUUGCUCUCAAGAUUAAAGAUUUGAAUGUGAGGCUUUCACUGAUAGAUCAACAAAGACAAACAUAUAAGUUUCAAUACUUAGAGAGAGGUGUUGAACAACCUGAACGACAAAAGACUUCAUCUUUUGUCGAUAUAUCAAAAACUUUUGGCCGUGAAAAUGAAAAGAAUAGUUUGAUAAGCAAGUUGUUGGGUGAGAGUCAAGAAGAGAGGGGGCUCCUUGUCUUCCCUAUUGUAGGGAUGGGGGGUAUGGGGAAGACAACUCUUGCCCAACUAGUCUACAAUGAUGAAAAUGUCAAAAGCCAUUUUGAGAAGAGGUCAUGGGUUUGUGUCUCUGACCCUUUUGAUGAGGUUAAAAUUGCCAAAGCCAUUAUUGGUAAGGAUGCCCCAAAUUCAACUGAGUUAGAUUACUGCUUGCAAUGUAUGUCUGAAUCCAUUAAGGGAAAAAGGUUUUUCCUUGUCCUAGAUGAUAUAUGGACUCCAGAUCAUAGAAAGUGGGAACAACUAGAGUUACCUUUGAUGCAGAAUUGUGCUAAUGGUAGUAGAAUAGUUGUGACCACACGAAAACAAGAGGUCGCUACUAUGGUGGGAACAAGCACCCACAUAAUCCACGUGGAAGAGUUGAGUGAACAAUAUUGUUUAUCAUUAUUCAAUCAUCAUGCAUAUUUUGGCAGGGGAAAAGACGAGUCUAAUGUUUUUGGAGAUAUUGGAAUGAAAAUUGUGAAAAAAUGCAAGGGGUUGCCACUUGCUGCGAAAACUUUAGGUAGCCUCUUGCGCAAUAAAAAAACAAGGAAAGAAUGGCAAGAUGUUUUGGAUAGUAAGAUCUGGGAUAUAGAUGAGGUUGAGCAACAAGUUUUUCAGCCACUAUUGCUAAGUUAUUAUGAUUUGGCCUCAGAGAUAAGAAGUUGCCUUUUAUAUUGUGCAACUUUCCCAAAAGAUUAUCGGUUUGACAAACACAAUUUGAUUGAGUUGUGGAUGUCACAAGACUAUCUUAACUUGAGAAGAAACAAAGAGAUGAAAAAAGUAGGUCAUACUGUUUUUGAUAACUUAGUUCUGCGAUCUUUUUUUCAAGAUCUUGAGGACGAUGUAAUUGACAAGACUACUAUGCAUUGCAAAAUGCAUGAUAUUGUGCAUGACUUUGUGCAGUUCCUCACAAAAAAUGAAUGUUUUAUGAUGGAGGCUAAAGAUGAUAAUGAUGAGAUAGAGUCAGUCCCUGCAAACAACAUUGUAGAGCAAGUGAAUGACAAGCUUCGUCAUUUUACUUUAAUGUUUGCACCUUAUGGUCCCUUUCCAUCUUCUGUUUCAUUUGACCAUUGCAAAAAUUUGCGCAGUCUCGCAACUUUUGAGUCCAAAAUCACUGUCAUAGACUCAAAUUUAGUUUCACAAUUGAAAUGUCUUCGGACAUUAAAUUUGAGUCAUAAUGACUUAAAAGAAGUUCCAAAGGAAAUUGGUGAAUUAAUACAUUUGAGGUAUCUUGACUUGACUGAAAAUCGUUCUUUAGAGGAACUACCUAACACACUGGGUAACUUAUGCAACUUGCAGACCUUGCGCCUUCUUUCGUGUCAUAAACUUAGAAAACUACCUGAGACCAUGGGAAAGCUGGUAAGCUUGAAACAUCUUUAUAUUUGGGAUUGUAGUCUUCUGAUGCACUUGCCAAAAGGGAUUGGGAGAUUAACAAGUAUGCAAACACUAGAUGAGUGUCCUCUUUAUGGUAGUGACUCUGAGGAAGCUUGCACAUUUGGAGAUCUGGGAAGCUUGAACCAGCUUCAGGGUAGAUUAAAGAUAAAAGUUUUGGGGGAUUGGAUGGAUGACAGUGAGGCUGAGAAGGCACAUCUUGGUAAGAAAAAACAACUUUUCCAUGUGGAACUAGAUUUUGCAAACUUGGAAAGCAAGAGAAGAAAAAGCAAUGUAGAAAUUGUAGAUGUCUUACAACUACCACAACAUUUGGAGUCUUUAACCAUCGCUUGGUAUGAGGGCGUCUGUACCUGGCCCACUUCAUUGAUGUCAUUAAACAGUUUGAGAAUCCUUUCUCUUUUUCGUUGGACUGUUUGUGAAAUUUUUCCUCCACUUGGGAAGUUGAAUUCCCUUGAAGAACUGGAAGUAUACGAUACGAAAGUCAAAAAGGUUGGAGUUGAAUUUUUGGGAAUAGAAUCUCAAACAUCUUCCUCAUCAUGUAUUUUAUUCCCAAAAUUGAAGAAACUUAAACUUGAACAAAUGCCAGAGUGGGAAGAAUGGGAAGGAGUGGAGGAAGGGUGGAAAGAGGAUUCUAACAUUUCGAUAAUGCCAUGCCUUUCUUCCUUACAAAUUGAUAGCUGCGAUCAACUUAAAACACUACCAGACUUCUUGCGGAAGACAUCACUACUGCAGAAUCUUACCAUCAGUGGAUGUAGGACACUUGCUGAAAAUUGUCAAGAAGGCAGUGGAAAGGAGUGGCCCAAGAUCUCUCACGUCCCAAACAUUGAAAUUGAAGCCCAAUCAUGGUUUGAGAAAGCUUAUGCUAUGUAUUAUGGUGGUCAUGAUGAUGGUGACAAUGUUGAUAAUAAGGAUGAGGAUCAAUGAUCCUGAAAGGCAUGCCGAAAGCAAGAUUCUGCAAAUCAUAGGGUCCACAACAGUGCUACUGGCCAGACAACACCAUGCAGCAAUCACCACAGGAUCUUGUUUUUACAAGCUUGGUAGAAUCCAAAUCGUACUGCGGGAUCAAUGUGCAUCUGCCAUUACAUUUUCUGGUUUUAUUUCUUCAUGUUUAAGGUAGACAUCAUAAGAAGCAGUACUCACUCAUGAGAACCAGGAUGCUCCGCAAGCUUUGUGUGUCUGAGGUGUGGACGUAAGGGUUGGCAUAUUGUUACAAGCUUUGGGAUGGGAUACAUUUAAAUCAUCCUCAUCCUGUACCUAAGUUGAGGAACCUCUCAGCCUUCAUGGAAAAAACAGAAUGAAGAAGAUUUACAUCCUUGAAUGUCUGGCCCAAGAAUUGUGACAUUAACAUUGAUGAAACGAAUUGGGUGGGAGGAUCGGGAUGAGUAUCCUUAUAGUAAUACCAGUAAUUACUGAGAGGAGAUCAAACUCUGUCAAUCUCAUACACCUUCGAUCUUCUGCAGGGCAGAAAGAGAGAUACAGAAAGACUCGGAGUACUAUAUGGAGAAGCAUGGUCAUCUGAAAUGGCAAAGCUUCAACAUUACUAUAUGGAAAAGCAUGGGAGUACUGGAUGGAAUUGGAUGCUGGUAUUAGGAGAUGUGGCAAGAAUUGCAGAUUAAGAUGACUCAACUAUCUCAGGUCCAACAUUAAACAUGGAGAGUUUUCUUAUGAAGGAAGAUAGAAUAUCAGCUAGUGGUGGAAGCAGAAAUGAUUUCAAGAUCACCUGAUUGGGAAGUCAGAUCUUUAAGUCGCAGUGCUUCAAAGACAACAUGACACUCAGGCAAUGUAGAAGCAUGAAGAGCUCACUAUUGCAUCGGAGUUUUUAUGCUGAUGAUCGAGAUAUGAGCUUGAUGCGCUAGUUGUUAAAUUUUGAGAGAUAUAUGAAGGAGGAAUUUGAAGCAGUGAUAUCUAGAAAACUUGUAUCUUCUGUUUCCGCAUUCAUUUGACUGAUUGUAGGUGCCAGAGAAGGCAAAGGAAAAGAGUGGCUCAAGAUUGCGAAACCUCAAAAUUCAAGAUACAUGGUUAGCAAAGGUGGAUGGUCGUGGAAGCAUCUAUAGCUGUUGAUACAAAUGGGAUAGAUGUAAAUAUGGGUCAGGACUGCCCAGUGAAAUACAUAUGAACAUACACUGGCUCUAGAAUUGAGCAUCAAGCAGGGUCUUGAUUUUUCAACAUUGGUAGAAGCGAGUAUCAUAUUGCAGAGACAGAGUUGUAAAUCUUGCUGGUUGUAUUCAUUCCAGUAACAGAAAGGAGCAUAAGGGUGUCGAUUAAUAGCUUCGCAGAGUUUUGAAUUUCCCCAAUAUUGCACAAUCAUGAUCAUACCUCAAAGUUGCAGUGGCUACCCCAACACCUGAUGAAGCCUUGGUACUCCUUCUACUAUGCCAAACGCUAGGCUGAGGCAUAAGGAAUUCAGAAUUGCAUUGUUUCUGUCAAGCUUCUGAGUGCUAUGGCUUUUGAACUCUGCAGUGGAUGCUGAAGUAUGUGCGGCAAAUGAGGAUCUCAAACUUGCUAUAUUGUCAAACCAACAGCAUAUCAUACUUGGUGGCAGUACUGAUCUGGUGGUCUCGUUUCCAGGUACACUUGAGAGUGAUUUGGAGGAUCUAUUCUCUACUUUUAUGAAUCUCAUCACUCUGUGCUUCCAGCUCUUUGAUGGAUCAAGUUGGACUAGUAUUCAUCAUUAUAGCUACCAGCACUGCUGAUCACACUGCAAAUCAAGCUUGCUAAACAGAGGUUAUGCAUGUAAAUGGGUUUCCUUCAAUCCCUAACCUCUCUCCUAUCUUUUCUUUCCAUGGCUGACAUCAAGGUUGUUUGUACCCAGAGGCUGAGUGCCAUCCGCCACAUGUUUCUCUGUGUUGUUUCCAUUGUACUCUAUUUUAAAGUACAAUUACAGACCAAUUUAUUUUCAUGAAACUUGGAAGGAACUUAACAGACCUCAAAGUUGCAGUCGCUGGAUUCCUCAAGACAUGAUGACUCUCCGGCCAGGGCGAAGCAGAAAGAAUUGAAUUGGUGCUGCGACUGCUGUCCAGCUGAUUAGUGCUAUGAUUUGAUGCUUGCAUUCUGGGAUCCACUCGACUGAUUGAUGUACAUGCAAUUAGUGUUUUAUAUUAACUAGGAAAUUCCUAUCAGUAGUGGAAGUAAUCCUAUGGAAGAGUAUGCACAUGUACAUGCCCCAAGGUGUCAAUUGAAGCCACUUUCAAGAUUCAUCAAGUGACAUAAAGGCCACAUGAGGGAAUGUGGCAUGCGGAUGCUUUUGAAAUAUGUAGUAUUAGCUGAAGCAUGUGCAGCUACUUAGAAUUUCAAACUUGCUGCUCCAUCAAACCGCCAUCGUAUCACUCCUGGCUGAAGUGAUCUGGUCUCCAUAGUACACUUGAAAGUGUUCUAUUGUCCACUUGCUGAGAUUCCAAAACUCCUCUCUUCCUUUCUUGUGGAGUUGGACUAGUACUCACAAAUGAAGCAAAUAGCGCUGCUGAUUAUGCUGCAAAUUAAGCUUGCUAAACAGAGCAUAUGUACCCAAUUUGGAGUUCAUGAACCUCCAACUUCUCUGUGAUUACAUUGUAUUUAUUUUUUCUUUAAUGAAGUACAAUUUCAGACGAAAACCAAAAUGGCGGUAAUAGUUGUACUACUAAGACACUAGUGUAAGGCAAGACCAAGAGACCCCAUUACAUACGGUACUCUUUAUUGGAAGUGCUAGUUAUAUCCCCAGAAGAGUUCGUAUUUGGUAUUAGUCUCUUGUGAUUCUUUAACCAGAAUAGGUGACAUUUUACUGAUA